GGUCGGCCGCACUCGCGGAGCCCGGGGUGGGGUCCUGUCAGCCGCCGGCAGCGCUCGUCGCCGCUAUGAGCGUCGGGCAGGCCGCGGGGGAGGCGGCGGGUGCUGCCUCGCCCUCGGCGCUGCCUAGGGUGCUCUCAGCCCUCUUCUACGGGACGUGCUCCUUCCUCAUCGUGUUGGUCAACAAGGCCCUGCUCAGCGCCUACAGCUUCCCGUCACCAAUGUUUCUUGGAAUUGGACAGAUGGCAGCCACUAUACUUAUUUUGUAUGUGUCAAAAUUAAAUAAGAUUGUUCACUUCCCUGAUUUUGACAAAAGUAUACCUAUGAAGUUGUUUCCUCUGCCUCUGAUAUAUGUUGGAAACCACAUAAGUGGAUUAUCAAGUACUGGCAAACUCAGUUUGCCGAUGUUUACGGUGCUCAGGAAGUUUACCAUUCCACUUACUUUACUGCUGGAAAUCAUCAUACUUGGGAAACGAUACCCACUGAGUAUUAUAGUCAGUGUAUUUGCCAUAAUUCUUGGGGCUUUCAUAGCAGCUGGGUCUGAUCUGUCUUUUAAUCUGGAGGGCUACACAUUUGUAUUGCUAAAUGAUAUCUUCACAGCAGCAAAUGGAGUUUACACAAAGCAGAAAAUUGAUCCAAAGGAGUUGGGAAAAUAUGGUGUCCUUUUCUAUAAUGCUUGUUUCAUGGUGAUUCCAACAGUUAUUAUUAGUUUUUCUACUGGAGACUUUCAGCAGGCAACACGUUUCCAGCACUGGACAAAUUUUUUAUUUGUCUUUCAAUUUCUUCUUUCCUGCUUAUUGGGGUUUCUGUUGAUGUAUUCUACUGUCCUUUGCAGUCAUUACAAUUCUGCACUCACAACAACAGUAGUUGGUGCCAUCAAGAAUAUAUCCAUUGCUUACAUUGGAAUGUUGAUUGGUGGAGAUUACAUAUUCUCUGUAUUAAACUUUAUAGGUCUAAAUAUUUGUAUGGCAGGAGGACUGAGAUACUCAUUUUUAACCUUAAGAGGAAACAGCAAGCCUGCACAACCUGGGGAUGAAGAGAAUGCACUUACAGAGUUGAAGAGUUAGCCACAAUGGCUACCUUGAAAGAGACUGAAGAUACAAGUUUGUUCAGCAUUGCUGAGAACUUAAAUAAGAAUAUACUGGAACAUAUAUGGAACAAGAAAAAAAAAUCUACCUCAGUUUCACAGAUGGGCACACAACUCAUUGGUUCAGAAAUAUUCUUGUACACCAUGUUUUUCACAUGUGGACAAGUUUAAUUUUAGCCUUUUUUUAAUUCAACCAACAAAUUUGUAGGAAGGAAUGCCACAGGCAUAUAUCAAGUAGUGAAUUUCUUCAUUUACCUGUAUCUUGGUGCUGUUUGUUCUGUUUCAGUGCCUGCCAGUACUCUCUGAGGAAAACUGCCUGUAAAGAUGAUGAAGCUUGAUUCACCAUUGCCUUAUAUGAUGUGCAAUCCUUGGUAUCAGAUGAAAGAUACUAGUGAUCCAGAAUGAUUUCACAUUUGUAUUUGCUCUUGUGCAAGUGACUGUAGAACAUAUGGGACAAAGAAUUGUGCCCCUAGGUUGUUACCUGUGUAAAUGUUAACUGAAAAAUUCAGGACAUGGCAUAGUGUAUUUGAUAUGCACUAUGAAGAAAAUCUCUUUCAAUCUUCUCCUCAUCUUCAGUAACAUCAUAGUGUUCUACAGUGAUUGUCACUGUUAUAAGUGAACCCUUGUAACUUUGUUGUAGAAUUAAGGAGAGAAGGAAGUGUAGAGAAUAUUUUUUUAUAUUUAAAAAGAUUUUUGAGCUGGUACCAAACAAGUGAUUAGGAUAGAUAACAAAGAUAAAUAUAUUUUUGUUUAGGUAUAUUAAUCUUUUUGUUUCACAGUCCCUUUUAAUGCUGCAGAGAAGUGAUGCUACUAUACAGAAACUACAAGAGGGGAAACUUGUUGAUACAUGGAAGACUAAUUUGUUUAAAUGAGGAGAAAGUAUCAUUGUUUCAUGUCUUAAUUGUGCAGUGAAAAUUUAUCUGGUAUUAAUGCUUAAAAUUCAGAACAAGGAAUAAA